AUGUCCAUCUUCCAGGCAUUCUCUGCAUUGAUGCUGAGUUUUUCCCUCAACUUCACCCUGCCGGCUAACAUGACUGCCUCCCCAGUUGUUACAGGUGGGAAAGAAGCAGACUGCAAGUCUUCUGUUGGGUUGGCAGCAGGCAUUCCAUCCCUGGCGGCCACAGCCCUGCUGGUGGCUUUAUUAUUGACCUUGAUUCAAAGAAGAAGAAGAAGCAAUGACUCCAUCGAGGAACAUGAGAGACCGUGUGAAAUUUCAGACAUCUUUGACAACCCCAAGAUAUCUGAGAAUCCUCGGCGGUCACCCACACAUGAUGAUGUAAUGGGGACAGAAGAAGGCCACAUAUAUGUGAAGACUGUAGCAAGAAGCGAGGGGGCCAUGGACGACACUUAUCGUCGCCCUCCUGUAGAAAUGGAGAGAAGACGGGGAUUGUGGUGGCUUAUACCCAGAAUGAGCCUAGAAUGAUGCUGCCCAGUUAAGAAGUGAGCCUGGAGCUGGAAAAGAACUGAAAAUCCAGGAAUUUGUACUUGGAGUGAGGAGGGUUGCCAAGCUGCUUCUUAACCAAUAGAAAUUUCAUUCACGGAUCUGGAAAAUUUUUAUAUUGGUUUAGUCUCUUUAGGAGAUAGAUUUGAUAAAGUUCCAUCCAACACUUAGAUUUUUGGUUAAAUAAGCAGUGAAGUACCAGGUGAAGUUGCCAGGCAUCCAGAAGUAGCCCUUGGGUCUCAUUCCUAACCCCAGCGGGAAUUUUCUUUUCUCUGUAACUUUGGGAAAAGGACUUGUUUCUGAGUGUCUUACCUUCUCAUCUUAUUUCACAUCCCUUUUCUCAAAAAAAGCCAGCAGACCUGGCUUCCAUGGGAGUAUUGGCUGAGGCCUCCCUGAUGUGGUGGGAUAUGUGGAGGGAAGAAGUUCCUAUUUUUAAAUAUCUUAGGAUAGAAAUCAUGUGGGGCCACAGGUACCCUGACCACAGGGACAGCAAUAUGGCUGGAUCAUGUCACACAGAGGUGGAAGCUCUCAAGUCAGACCUGCCAUUGAGCAGCUUUAUGACUCUGGAGAAUUAAUUUAACCUCCCCAAGCUGUCUCAUGUUAUUGGAAAGAUAAAAUAAGAAAUAAAAGGAUAUCAUCUGCCACUUAGUAGGCACUCAAAGUGUUAGCUCUUUCUCCCCUCUUCCUUUCCCUUCCUCUUCCCAUAUUAUUUGUCUGAUUGAG